AUGACGAUGUCAGAAGUGAAGAAAGAAACGGAGAACGAUUCCACCCUCCAAAAACUUUCGCAAGCAAUUAAAACAAGUAUUUGGUCUGAUCCAGAAAUCCAACCAUACACAAAUGUAAAAGACGAACUAUCCGAAUGUGACGGUAUACUCCUACGAGGAACACGUUUGGUUCUUCCACAAUCACUCCAGCAACAAGCUAUUGAGUUGGCUCACGCAGGUCAUCAGGGAAUAGUAAAGACCAAGCGACUACUACGCGAGAAAGUUUGGUUCCCGUCGAUCGACAGAAUGGUUCAAGAGAGAAUAAAAAACUGUAUUCCGUGCCAAGCUGCAACACAAGGAACCAUGCCAGAACCAUUGAAAAUGACCCCACUACCAAAAGCACCAUGGAACGAAAUUGCUAUUGACUUCGUUGGUCCCUUUCCAUCGGGCGAAACACUACUUGUAGUCAUUGAUGAAUUCAGCAGAUUUCCGGAAGUCGAAAUUCUCCAUUCCACAACCGCAAACGCCGCCAUACUCAAACUCGAUGGUAUUUUCUCUAGACAAGGGAUACCCAAAGUCGUAAAAUCAGACAACGGCCCACCGUUCAAUAGCGCAGAAUUCGCAAACUUCGCCAGUUUCCUUGGUUUUCAACACAGAAAGGUUACGCCAUAUUGGCCCCUAGCUAAUGGUGAAGUCGAACGUUUUAUGCGAACACUCGAAAAAGCAAUCCGUACAGCCCAUUUAGAGAAAAAGAAUUGGAAACAAGAAAUGAACGUAUUUCUACGCCAGUACCGUGCAACUCCACACAGCACCACCAACACAUCCCCAUCUGAAGCUCUAAACAGCCGAAAACUGCAAACGCUUCUUCCCCAGCUCACCGAAGUUCCCAAUCCUGAAGCAGAUAAUUCCAUCCACGAAACGGACAGUGAGAAAAAAAGAAAGAUGAAGGAAUACGCUGACAAACGACGACGUUCUGAAACCAGCGAAAUAAAAGUAGGAGAUACAGUCCUAAUCCAACAACCGAAAGCAAACAAGUUGUCCACUCCUUUUAAUCCAAGUCCUUACAAGGUCGUAGCGAGAAAAGGAAGUAUGGUCACUGCUGAACGUGGUUCUCAGAAAGUUACCCGCAACGUUUCGUUUUUCAAAAAAAUUAAAGCUACCUUCAUCACGGAAGAUGCGACAGUCGAUGAAUCCGAUGAUCCAAUCCCACAUUCUCAACACAACUUGAAGCAACAAGUUGCACCACCACCUCCCAGAGAUAUUAAUAAACGUCAUAAACGGACACGUUAA